AUGAAGCAAAAGAUAGUAGUGAGUGUGCCAAUGCGCUGUGAAAAAUGCCGAACCAAGGCCUUGAAGAUCGCUGCAGCUGCACACGGUGUGAGCAAAGUGUCGAUCCAAGGAGCAGACAAAGAUCAUAUUGAGGUGAUUGGAGAUGGGGUUGACUCUGUUUGCUUGGCCAGUUUGUUAAGGAAGAAGCUUGGCUUCGCCACCAUUGUCAAAGUUGAAGAAGUGAAAGAAGCUAAAGCUGAUAAGAAAGAGGUUAAGGAAACCGGUCCUCCAGCCUGUGUUCAAUAUUGUCCUCCAGUGUGCUAUGAACUGGUUCAUGAAUAUCCAGAACCAGUCCCAUGCUCUAUCAUAUAUAUAGAGCAAAACGCAGUAAAGAGUGCUACGCUUACCAUAUUGGAGAAAAAGGCAGUGAAGAGUAAGGCCCAGUUUGGGAUUGCUGUCACUUUUAAAAGAAGUUGCUUCUGCUGUGCUUUGAAAAUAAUUAGGUGUAAAUGGCAGCAUGGUGGUGGUUGUGGUGUUGGUUGUGGAGGUGGUAGUGGAUGUGGAGGUUUUGGAGGAGGAGGUGGUUGUGGUGGUGGUGGUAGUGGUGGUGGUGGUGGUGGUGGUGGUGGUGGAGGUGGAGGAGGUGGAGGAGGUGGUGGAGGUGGUGGUUGUGGUGGUGGUGGCAGAGGAUGA